AUGGACGCCUGCUUUAAUGGACUGCCAAAUGCGUUUUCUUCAGAGCGGCUGUACUAUAUCAAAGCCGACGAGGGGGAUGAAAACCUAAGGGAUUUUCUACCUCGAGUGGAAGAUGACCCAAUGACGCAAGCUCUCGUAUCAACUAACCUUUUGAGGCCCAAAGGGAAAGUAGAUAUCGACGAGACUAUGAAGGGUUUGAGUCUUUCACUGUUAGGUGUCUCGAUAUGCCUUAAACCGGAAGAGGAUGCGAAAAGAAAUGGCAAUAAAACAAAAGAAACACAAUCACCAGCCGGAAAGACUCCUCGGCCCACGAUCAUAGGCUUUGUUGUGCUCGGGUGGGGAGGUAUUCCUGCGAGCCAAGUCGUCAACAGGAGAGCCAGCAUAGGAAUUACACUCAGCCCUGAGUACCAGGACAAGGGUUACGGGCGGGAAGCUUUCAACUGGAUGCUUGACUGGGCAUUCCGUUAUGCCGGGCUUCAUACGGUUUUUCUGAGCGUGUUCCCAUACAAUGAAAAGGCAGUUCACUUGUACAAGAGCCUCGGGUUCGUACAGGAAGGCCGUCUGCGAGAGACCAGGUAUUUCAACCGCAAGUGGCAUGACGAGCUAUUAUUCGCCAUUAAUGAAGAUGAAUGGGAGAAAAUCAGAGGGAUAGCAAAUGCUGGAGCUACCUAA